UGUGACAUUCUUCUAAUUACGCAAGUAACAGCAUCAGAGAAGACAAAGGAAACAACUUCCCCUGGACAGAAGGCAAAGUUGGUGUAUGAAGAAGAAUCUUCUGAAGAGGAGUCUGAUGAUGAAAUAGCAGAUAAGGAUUCUGAUGAUAAUUGGGAUGAAGAUGAGGAGGAGAGUGAAAGUGAGAAAGAUGAGGAUGAUGCUGAAGAAGAGGAUGAGGAUGCUGAAGGAAAAGAUGAAGAAAAUGGUGAGGACAGAGAUAGAGCAAGUGAAAAAGAAUUAAACGGAGAUUCUGACUUAGAUCCUGAAAAUGAAAGUGAAGAAGAAUGAAGACAGCAAAGCAAGCCAGUCAAACUAUAUAAACUCUGGCUCACCUUGCCCA